AUGAAUGUCCGACUUUCCAACGUCAACAAUGAAUUGCGCUGCGCGCUGCAUACACCGGCGCCGAGGCAACGACGGGCAGGCAUUCCGUCUCACUCCCACGCGAGAAAGGCUCGCCGCAGCCCAGCAUCCCGGGGCUCUUCCUCUUCCCAUCCCCAGGCCGUACCUCGCGGCACUCACACAAGCCCAGUGCGACGCCCACCCACCCCGGACCUUUUGACGCUCGCUUUGCCGGCCGAGCCUGCACGCCAAAACCAGCGAGCGACGAGCGUCCCCAACAUCUACAAAGUAACACUCAUCAAUGCUAAACAAUCACAGCCUUACGGCGUGCGUGCGUACUCUGCAAAGGACGGAAGACUCGUCCAACCGUCGCCAAUGAAGCUCUUCAAGGUGGAACCUUGCUUGGUUUCCUACCCAAUAACCUACCUACCAUGGGCACCUAGGCACCUGUUGACAGGUAGUGUACAGAAUUUCCAAAACAUGCUCAAAACCGGAUACAAGCAGAACUGUCAGCCCAAAACGACCGCUUUCCGGGCUUCGGAAAUAUCAAGCACUCUGUACUUGGAAACAAACACUCGCAAGAAAAAGAAACGAGGCAAUAAGAGCCAUCUGUUUUGGCCUAUGGCCUGCUGGCUCAUGAGUAUAGUAAAAGAAACGCCAUGCUUUUGUCCCAGCCGAUGCAGUUGCGUCUCCUCAGACUUUUAUUUUUUCCAAUCUUCGCAAGCGCCAAGUAGUGGUAGAUGGCAGCAACAGGGUCCGCUCUCGUUGGUCAAUACUAACCAAACCCUCUCUGGGUCCCAGGUUAUCAGAAUGACCUGGGGGGAAGACAGACAUCAUGCCGGGGGGGGGGGGUGCUUCCAUAAAAAGACGGCACUGGUCAUCAUCAAUCGGCGCCGCCAAGUAAUAGGUCGUAACAACACGUUCGUUCCAGGGUGUCGACUAGAAACUGUUUUUGUUCUCAGCAUCUCGCGAAAAGAGCGCAGCUUGCGUGUCUCCUCGCAGUCGCCAGUACGGGAAGACCUGUGCUUUAAAGGAGUGUGUUUUACUCUCCAGCAGCAGACAAAACAUGCCAAUGCCUGCCUGCCUUCCCAUCCGGCGUGGUCGUCGACCGUCGACAAAAAGGGUCUCGGCUCUGGAGAUGGCAGUGUCUUAGCGCUAGCUCCCUGCCCUUGGCGUCUCCUCGAGGCAUUCGGCGACCAAACCAGUCGAACCCCUCCCUUGGCGUCCACAUUCAGGUUGUGA